AACGCGGAGGAGAGGAGGCAGGAAAGAGGAAACACGUAGAGACGCGACACACCAGCGAAAAAGAGCCUGCGCGCAGCUCCAGCUUCAAGGAGCGUCCGCUGCCUCCUGGAGAAGCCUGGCCGCCGGAGAGCUCCAUUGUUCGGACACGCACAGGCUCGAUUCUCCGGGUCCCUCCCACCCACUCCGGUUCUGGACGAAGGGGGUCACCCAUGCUAAGCGUGUGGAGGAUGGAGGAAUUUGUGACCGAAGAGGAAGAGCCGUGGUACGACCAGCAGGACCUGGAGCAGGACCUCCACUUGGCGGCAGAGCUGGGAAAGACUCUCCUGGAGAGGAACAAGGAACUGGAGGACUCCUUGCAGCUGAUGUACAUCACGAAUGAAGAGCAAGUGCAGGAGAUUGAGUACCUAUCGAAGCAGCUGGAUGUUCUGCGGGACAUGAAUGAGCAGCACGCCAAAGUGUACGAGCAGCUGGACGGGACGGCCCGAGAGCUUGAACACACCAACCUCACUCUUGUGACAGACAGCAAGACCUCGCAGCAGAAGAUCGAGAGAUUAACAGGGACUAUUGAUACUCUGCAGAACCAGGUGGAGUCCCUUUCUGGGCAGGUGGAGCAGCUACGCUCCAUGGAGCAGCUCCGUGUCAGGAGGGAGAAGAGGGAGCGACGCAAGACCAUCCACUCGUUCCCCUGCCUGAGGGAGCUCUGCACAGCACCCAGGUAUGAGGAUGAGUUUGUAGUGGGCAGGGCUGAAAGCUUUACCGUGGAGGCCAAGCGUCCACCGUUUGAAGAGGAGAACCAGCACCUGAGGGAGGCGGUGUCGGCCCUGCGUGCGGCGGUGCGCACUGAGAGGGGGCGGAGAGAGGGCGUGGAGAGGGAGUGCAACCUCCUGCUUUCUGAGUAUUCGCGGCUGCAGAUGCGAGUGCAGGACGCUGAGGGCUGCCACACGAGGGUACGAGAGCUGGAGGUGGAGCUACAGGAGCUGCAGCAGCUACGUCGUGCUCGAACCUUCUUGCUGGGCGGUGAGGAUGACGGCGUGAAUCUCACCCAGACUGUCCUCAACAGCACGCCGGAGACUGACACCUUCCUGGAGGUGGAGGUCGCGGAGAUGGGGGGAGGGGUGAGGGAGGAGACAGAAGGUGGAGGAGGUGUCGGGGGUGCAGCAUUACCUGAGUCCAACCCUGUGAGGAAAAGCUGCAGCGACACAGCGCUCAACGCCAUCGUGGCCCUCGAUGCGUCCGGCCGCAGGAGAGGCAGCUACGCCCUGCACGCCAACAGCGUGAGGAAGAGAGGGAUGUCCAUCCUCAGGGAGGUGGACGAGCAGUACCACGCCUUACUGGAGAAAUACGAGGAGCUGUUAGGGAAGUGUCGUCGCCACGAGGAGAGCCUGUGUAACGUCGAGGUUCAGACUUCCCGACCAGUCUCCCGAGACCCAUCCAUGAAAGACUGUGCUAUGGGCCCCAUCCCGGUACCACCGCCAAGCCCUACCCAGUCGCCAUCCACCCCUGAAGCCAUCGAGAGCAUCAGCAAGCAGGUGGAUGCGGUGGAUAAACGACUGGGACAAAACACACCAGAGUACAAGGCCCUUUUUAAGGAGAUCUUCUCUCGUAUCCAGAAGACCAAGAUGGACAUCAAAGCUACCAAAGCUGUUAAAUCUAGCAAAUCUGGCAAAUCUGGCAAAUCUAGUAAACACUAGCGGUUCACCGAUUGGUUGAUUAGAGAAUGGGUCUGUGUCUGAGAAUAGGUUUAGUGUAAACAUUCUUGUAGAUGGCGCUAUCGCGGAAACUGCUCAAUUUAAGUCUAGUUCACUUUUGCUAAAACCACACUAAUAUGUUUUUGUUUUUUUAACGCUUCAAGCCUCUCACAGAUACGCCUGGCGUCAACACUACUCUGGAGUUUGGAAACGCUGCUUGACUGGAUUUAGUUUGAAAACUCUGGAGCUGUGUUUUAGUCUGGACGGGAAGAAAUGCAUAUGUUUGGAAAAAAGUGACACUGAUAUUUACAACUGCUUGCUGAUUGGGUCUUUUUGGUCAUGACUUAGUUUUGACUAAUUCAUCAGGCUCUGUCACAUGAACUUCCGUUAGAAAACAACUGGCAGAAGCCUCGGUAACCAGUGUAGAAUGCAAAGAUCGUCGACAAAGAUCGUUUUUGGUUUGAAUAAGAAGGAUGUAGCCUUUACCUGAGGUCAAACUAGACUGCAUGGCUUUAAUCCAGAAUUGAAACCUUCCAGCAUACACAAGUAUCUGAUUUGCAUGUAAUCAAUUUUAGCCCCUGCAGAAUUUAGUAAAAUGCAGCAUAUAAAACAUGAAUGAAUCUGUUAAGGACUAUAGAUCAACCCCUUCAUAUCAUUUGAUUCAGUGUUUCUACUUCAUAUAUCCUGGCUUCCCUGCCUUAAUACCGUUAAGGCAAAUACUACACAACAUAUCACAAUAACAGCAACAUACCUGUGAUGCUCACAACUGCAUGAACGCUAAGGCUAAACAAGAAAAUUACAUCGGGAUGAGUGGAAAUCUAAAAUAAACAUUCAAUUUAUCUGGUAGAUUUGUUAUUAUAGUGGACUAAAAUUUGUGUGAUUGCAUUAAGAAAGAUAAAGAUUGACCCUCUCAUACAUUGAUGCAAAUGAUGCAUCAAUAUGUUGUGUGUGUAUGUGUGUGUGUGUGUGUCUGUGCCUUUUGUGGAGUAGAAUGACAUUUUGAGAAGUAUUUGAAGGAGUUUAAUGAUAAGAUCAAAGCCACUGUCAUGCCUGGCUACAGCUAGUAGCAGAUUUUCAUAGCAUAGCAAAAAGCGUGAAAGCGGGGGUUAACUCACGAUUGGUCGAACACAUUUAUUGGCGGGACCUUGCUACCGAUACUCCAUCCUCUUACGGCUUAUGUGCCGACUGUUGCUGUAAAUGCACAAGAUGGCAGCCUUCAUGUCCGGGAUAUUUUGGCUUCUGGAUAGUCGGAGGAAGAGGAGACGCAUUGUCAACCUUUAUAUACAUGUCUCUAUGAUGCUACGCUGACCGGUUACUGGCUGUGGCGUCAUGUUUAGCAUACAUACAUUAAGUGGUAUCAAUCUUUCCUCAGACACCUCAAACUGUCGGCGAGAAAGCAAAUAAGCAUUUAUCUAACUAUGUUGCUGAGCCAACACUUGGGUGCGUUAUCCUUUACCUCAAAGACAGCAUUUGAGAUCACCUGUAAAACGAGGUUGCUAAGUGUAAAGCUUCAGAAAAGGCAGACUGGAAAUUUUGUUCGCUUUUCGAAAUUAUAUAUGUCCCUCUACUGUUUACACUUCAGCUCUCUUGUAGGAACUGCAGUAGGUCUGAAUUAGCCUAAAUAAACCUGCCCAUUGAAAUUUAAGAAGCAUUGCUGUUUAUUAACUGUACAUUGCAAUAUCUACAGUAUAAGCUGCAAGGAGUGAUGCUUCCACUAAAUGCUAAAAAGCUGCUGUCUUAGAGUAAAGUUGCCAUGGGCAAUGGAAGCAUAUUGUUGUUUUCACCUAGCAGUCUUACCAAACUAUAAAACUAACCUACAACAAUUGCUGCAUAUUGUUGUUUUCACCUAGCAGUCUUACCAAACUAUAAAACUAUCCUGCAAAUAUAUUGCACCUUUUUUCACAGUAUACAAUACCUAUGCCUUUUUUUCUAAGUAACGUCCUGCAGUAUGUAUAAGCCUUUGUUAUGAUGAAUGUCACCACAGCCAAUAUUUUAUAUCUGAUCCUUCUGUCAAAUUCAAAAUGAAACGAAGCUUGAAUCCUUUCCACCGGACACCAGAAGAGGCCCUACAUGUGUGUUUUGAAAAGCAUGGAGUAUAUUCUGAAACCUGGUACUGAAGAAACAAGUCUGUUACGUCCUGAUGAAGUCACGGUUAAUUUACAUUUGCUGAAAUGUAAUUCCUCUGGAUAUGGUGUACAAAGUGCAUUUGAGGUCAAUGCUCAUGUCUGUUAGGAUGAUGCAAGUUGGGGACGAGGGUGGAACAUGUGUUAGCGUAGACAAGCUAGAGCCUGGCUCUCGAGGUUGCUGUAGCAUAACGUCUCAACAGUUUUUAGGCCUCAUCUCUUACAUAUUUAGUAUCGAUACGAAAUUGUGCCUGUGUAUUUAUUUUAUUGCGUGAAUGUUUUUUUUUUUUACUUUUUCAGUGCCUAUAUGUGAAUGUCACUAACAUACUGUCCAAAUAAAACCUGUUUCACUUGCUUUACUUACCUGUGAAUUAUUAGUUGACAAGAUAUUGUUAUCAACGAUUACUCUGGUCAUGUCAUUAUUGAACCCACUUUUAAUAAAGCAUUGAUAUAAUGCA